CACAUCAUCAAAAAAUACCUUUGGCACUUUUUGGCUUUCUUCAUGCUCUACCCUGCCUUCAUGCUCUAUAUAUACACCCUUGAUCGGCCUCCCUUGCUUCAUCAAACAUCCAUCCAUCCACCACACAAUCCUAGCUCCCGGCCAGCAGCAGCAGCAGCAACACUAGCUAAGCUAUAACCAUCUCUCUGCUCUGAAGCAGUACUCAAAGCUAUCAUCACCAUCCUCUCAGCUCAAUUAAUCAAUCAUGUCUGGCGUUUGGGUGUUCAAGAACGGCGUGGUCCGGCUGGUGGAGAACGGCGCGGCGGCUGGCGGCGAGGCGGUGCGGCGGCGGAAGGCGCUGGUGCACACGCCGAGCGGGCAGGUGGUGCGGUCGUACGCGGAGCUGGAGUCGGAGCUGCGGGCGCUGGGGUGGGAGCGCUACUACGAGGACCCGGCGCUGUACCAGUUCCACAAGCGCGGCUCCCUCGACCUCAUCUCCCUCCCCGCCGACUUCAACAGGUUCUCCUCCGUCCACAUGUACGACAUCGUCAUCAAGAACCGCGACUCCUUCAGGGUCGUCGACGUCUGAUAUGAUCCAUCCAUGCAUCUGCUUGAUGCUAGCUACCUACCUACCUACCUCUUGUUAGCAUCUCGAUCAGUCUCAUCAGUAUCAUCGAUCGUCGUCUAUGGUGGAGAGCUUGCUCUUGUUAAUUAAUUAGUGGUGACUUUGUGAGGAGUACGUGCACAGCAGCUAGAUAUAUAGCUAGCUAGUGUUUGACAGUCGCCGUACGUGAGUUUGCUAGCUACUAGCUACUAUGCAUGCAUGUCUCGCUAAAUUUGAUUUCGAAGCAGUGUGUGUGUGAGUGUGGAGCUGAUCUGAAUCAGUAGCUUACGUGUGUAGUGUGUACGUGCCAGCAGUGUGUGUGCGUGCUGUCGUCGUCUGGGAGUGAUGAUGUGUAAGUUGCUCGAGACGAUGGAUCACGCAUGCGUGUGACGACUGUACAUUUAUCGUUUGUGUGCCAGUGACCACCACCAUUAUUGA